CAAUCAUAUUAUCUCAGAAGAAAGAAAACUUCCUUUGAAUACACUCGACAUUUACAAUUUUAUAAAAAUAUAAUUGGACAGAAAAUAUUAACUAUUAUAAAGACGUUUUAUUAUUAAUUUAGUUAUUCGCGAAAUUAAUCAUGGACAAGUUAUGGUUAUUUUUGUUACAAUUGUUAUUCGUGCUAUCUGUAUCUCAAAAAACAAAUUUAGAUUCGCCAAUAAAUUUGGAAACAUAUCGAAUAUUUCGUAAUUGGAUUGCCCGAAAUUUUGUUAAAAAUGAAAGAAUUCGGGCGCAGCAUGAAGGAAAACUUCAACAAAAAAUUCCGAAGGAUGUUCCAUUUCCUUGUAACGUGACAGAUGGUAGAUCUCUUAUUGUUCCUGAUUCAGUUCAUCGUUUAAGACCAGGAGAUAUAGACGUUAUUGCUGCAAUGGGUGAUUCUUUGACAGCUGGAAAUGGAAUUUUUGCAACUAAUUUAUUGGAGUUGAUUAUUGAAAAUAGAGGUGCAUCAUUUAGUAUCGGUGGUGAAAAGUCUUGGCGAACAUAUCUAACAUUGCCGAAUAUUUUCAAAGAAUUCAACCCUAGAUUAAUAGGUUAUGCACUUGGAGAUGGUCAAACUUAUGAGUCAGUUUCGCAAUUGAACGUCGGUGAAAUCAAUGCAAAAUCGAGGGAUAUGCCUUUCAUGGCUAAAUAUUUAAUUAAUAAAAUGAAACGUGAUACAAGAAUAGAUAUAAAGAAGCAUUGGAAAUUCAUUUCAUUGUUAAUAGGAGCCAAUGAUUUUUGUUCCUAUAUGUGUGUAUCUUCUUCUCCAUGGUCUAUUUUAGAAAAGCACAGAAUUGAUUUAAUCAAUACUUUUCGGAUAUUAAGAGAUAAUUUACCACGUACUUUGGUAUCACUUAUAAUAAUGCCCAAUUUAGAAGAACUUGUAAGCAAAAGAAGAAAUUUAUUGGCGUGCUAUAUAAUAAGCAGUAUUGGAUGCUCGUGCUUAUUUGAUUUACAAUUCCAAGAUCGGAGACAGGAAUAUUAUGAAGUAAUGAACAGAUGGCAGAAAUUGCAAAAAGAAGUCGUGAAUUAUCCAGAAUUUAACAGAGAAGACUUUACUAUUAUUGUUUCACCAGGCAUUAGUAAUAUUAAAAUUCCGGUUACUGAGGAUGGAUUGAGUGAUCUAUCGUAUUUUUCUGUUGAUUGUUUUCAUUUAAGUCAAAAAACAAAUGCAUUGUUUGCGAAUGCUUUAUGGAAUAAUUUAUUAGAACCAAUUGGAAACAAAACUACUACCUUCUUUCCAAUAUUUAAAAUAUUUUUAUGUCCUACUUCCGAAAAACCAUAUUUGGUGACACGUAAAAAUUCUCAGAUACAACAAUAAAAAUUAAAAAUAAAGAUAAAUUGUAUAAAUGUAAAUUUUUAUAUUAUAAAAUAUUAUAUUAUAAUUUCGUAAAUUUAUGGUAUAAUACAAAAUAUAUUAUGCUAGAGGAAUAUUUUAUUAUGUUAAAUAAUAAAUCUUGAAUCAUAUAUUCUAUUCAUUCUUGAAAUUUUAUUUAUGAAUUAAUUAUUAAUAUAAUAUAUUGUUUAUUUCAAUAUGAAUUAAUAUUUUUUUAAGAAACUUAUUUACUAUUAAAUGUUAAGUUGAAAAUUCGGGCAA